AUGGUUGGUUUCCACCACCCUGGUGAUCCCUACUUUCCCAAUCAGGGAAAUAACGGACGGCUAGAGGAAUCCGACGAGGAACCUGAAGAGGAGCCUGAAGAGGGACCUGCGGAACCCGUGGCAGACGAUGGUGAAGAAGAGUUUGGUGACGAAAACGAUGGUGAUUCGGACACAAAGUCCGAAGUCAUCAACCCACCAUACCCAGAAAAGGUUUACAAACAUAGGAAUGUAUAUCGAACAAGCAAAGAUUCUUCUGGAAAUAACCUCUUGCACUUGGCUGCAAGAUUGGCACCUACCAACAAAUUGAAUCUUAUAAUAGGAGCAACAUUACAAAUACAACACGAACUACAAUGGUUUAAGGAAGUUAAAAGAUUUGUGUGUCCUCUGAGCAUCAUUCAAAAGAACUCCAGCGGCGAAACGCCACAAAUGGUAUUUACUAGAGAGCACAAAAACUUGGUGAUUGAGGGAAAAAAAUGGAUGAAGUCUACUGCAGAGUCCUGCACAAUUACAGUUGCAUUAAUUACCACCAUUGUGUUGGCAGCAGCUAUCACAUUGCCAGGAGGAAACAAGGAGGAAACCGGAAUACCAAUGUUUACCAACCAUACUGCCUUCACUAUAUUCGCAAUAUCAUAUGUCAUUUCAUUAUUUGCAGCAGUCACGUCAUUAUUAAUGUUUUUGUCCAUUCUCAACGCACAUUAUGCUGAGCAAGACUUUCUCUUGAAGUUGCCUACAAAGUUGAUAAUCGGUUUGUCCACCUUGUUCAUCUCAACAACGACCAUGGUAGUAGUUGUUGCUACAACGUUAUACAUUGUAUUUGGCCAAAGCAACUCACAGAUUCUCAUUCCAAUUGCGGUCUUGACAUGCCUACCAAUUACUUCGUUUGUGAUCUUGCAAUUCCCUCUCGUCAUAGACUUGAUGAGUGCCACAUAUGGUCGUAGUAUUUUUCGUAAGGAUGCAAGAUAUUGA